AUGAGCAUCUCUAAGGUAUUGAAAAAAGUAAUUCCAACAGUUAGAAUUCUUCCUGAAGAAAUGGAUGAUGUAUCUAGCACAACUUCGGUUGCAUCUGACUUAUCAUCUGUUGAAGAAAUAGGUACCGAAGUUGUAGCAAAGAAGGAUGACAAUGAUAAAGAGCAAAAUACCCAUGGUCUAAAUAACGUUAAAAAGACCCAAAUAGAAUACACAGUAGAAUCGGAUAUUGAAGAUUGCAGUGACUCAGAAAGUGAUAAUGCUGGCUAUAAUGCGAAGCACAUAAACUUGAAAAAAGAUAUGCCUUAUGAACUUAGAGACGAGGCUAAGAGAUCAAAAUGGAAUUUCUUUUACGAAUACGAAUAUAGGUUCAACAAAGAAUACAGGAAAUCUCGACGGUGGUAUGAAUUCCUCUACCCAAAUCAUGCAACAAAGUCAAAGGCUGAGAGACGCCUGCUUUAUAAAAUUGACUUCUUGAUUGGCUUCUACUUUUUAGUUGUCAGUUGGACCAGAUCUGUUGAUUCUGCAAACUAUGUAAAUGCCUACGUCUCCAAUAUGAAAGAAGAUUUACAUAUGGGCGGCAAUGAUUAUGUUUACACUUCAACUAUUUCCACAAUUGGCCAAAUUGUUUUCCAAAUUCCUUUUAUGUAUUUAAUGCCAAGAGUACCACCUCACUAUUUAUUGCCUUUCAUGGAUUUAGGAUGGUCCGCCUUUACUUUGGCUUGUUUCAGAGCGAAGACCCUAAAAGAAAUGCAAGGUUACAGAUUUAUGGUUGGCUCAUUUGGUGCAGCUUACUAUCCAGUCUCUCAAUACAUUUUUGGAAGCUGGUAUGCGCCUGAUGAACUAACCUCUAGAGUACUGCUGUUCAGUUAUGGUCAAUUAUUAGGAAGUGUAACCUCUGGUUUAUUACAAGCAAAAAUCUUCAAAAGUUUGGAUGGUGUAUGUGGGUUGGCUGGUUGGAGAUGGAUGUUCCUAAUUGAUGCUAUUGCGAUUUCUAUUCCGACUGCUAUCAUGGGUUUCUUUCUGAUUCCUGGUAUCCCAUCUAAGUGCUACUCUCUAUUUUUGACUGAUGAAGAGAUUAGGAUUGCAAGAGCCAGAAACAGAAGAAACAACAUUACAGACGGUGUUGAUAAGUCAAAGCUAGUUCCGUUAUACAAACCUGCACUUUGGAAAAAGGUCCUAUUUAAUCCAACUUUCUGGAUAUUAGCCAUUUUUGACAUGCUUUCUUGGAAUGUGAUGACUAUUUACACAGGUUCUUAUACCCAAUGGUUAAAAUCCAAUCCAAACUAUUCCAUUGUCAAAGUUAACAAUUUGAGUGCUUUGCCCGCUUGUCUAGGAUUCAUUUAUAUUACUGUUUGCGCGUUGGGAUCAGAUCUAUUUCGUAGCAAAUGGUUCUUUAUGGUAUUUGCACAAGCGAUGAACUGUAUAUCUUGUGGUAUACUGAUGAAAUGGGAUGUUGCAGAGAGCACCAAAUGGUUUGCAUUUUUGAUCUCUUAUUUCUGUAUUGGAGCAUCUGCUUGUUUAUGGACAUUUAUUAACGAUUUUCUAAGGUUUGAUCCUCAAAUCAAGGCCAUGUCGUGGAUCUGCAAUUACAUGUUUUCACAGUCAUCUCACGCUUGGAUCCCAAUGUUAGCUUGGAAAACCGUAGAUUCACCAAGGUAUAAGACCGGUUAUACAGUUAGUUUGGUAUUCAGUAUUCUUUACGGUCUAUGGACAUUUGUAGUUCUUUUCUUUUACAAGAACAACGAAAAGAAGCAUGCCCUCGAUAAUGGUAUUAUUUUGUAUGAUAGUUCUAAAGGUGAAAAUCCUCCAGCGUUUGUUAACGAACAUAUGCGGGAAGAAGAUGGUUACUUCUUCGUCAAAUAA